AUGAGUCAAGAGUAUGAUGAGGCCCAGAUGGGCGAGGAAAGCAGCAUGCCCAACCCCGGUGCUCCUACGCCACUAUCGGCUCUUGAGGGAAUUGCCGGCUUGACGAAGAGAGACAUUCAACUUGUUGUCGAUGGAGGUUACAAUACGGUUGAGUCAGUGGCAUACACGCCGCGACGAGUAUUGGAACAGAUUAAGGGUAUCUCGGAGCAAAAGGCGACCAAGAUCCUAGGCGAGGCUUCUAAGCUCGUCCCCAUGGGUUUCACUACCGCCACCGAGAUGCAUCAACGCCGCAGCGAACUCAUCUCCAUUACCACAGGAUCCAAGAACCUCGAUACUCUGCUCGCAGGUGGUAUCGAGACCGGCUCCGUAACUGAACUUUUCGGCGAAUUCCGAACCGGAAAGAGUCAGAUCUGUCAUACCCUUGCCGUUACCUGUCAGUUACCCUUCGACAUGGGCGGUGGCGAGGGAAAGUGCAUGUAUAUCGAUACAGAAGGAACGUUUCGACCUGUUCGAUUGCUAGGCGUGGCCAACCGGUUUGGUCUCUCAGGGGAAGAAGUUCUUGACAACGUUGCCUACGCCCGUGCAUACAACUCUGACCAUCAGCUUCAAUUGCUCAGUCAAGCUGCUGCGAUGAUGUGCGAGACUCGAUUUUCUCUUCUGAUUGUUGACAGUGCCACAGCACUCUACCGAACAGAUUUCUGCGGACGUGGUGAGCUUUCAAACAGACAGACUCAUUUAGCAAAGUUCAUGAGAACACUACAGCGACUUGCCGAUGAAUUCGGUAUUGCAGUGGUUAUUACAAAUCAAGUCGUGGCCCAGGUCGAUGGUGGCCCAAGUGCCAUGUUUAACCCUGACCCGAAGAAGCCCAUUGGUGGUAACAUUAUUGCUCACGCCAGUACAACAAGAAUCAGUCUGAAGAAGGGUCGCGCUGAGACCCGUAUUGCCAAGAUUUACGACAGCCCUUGUCUGCCAGAGAGUGACACCUUGUUUGCCAUUGGCGAGGAGGGCAUUGGCGACCCGGCGCCCAAGGACAUGGAGAAGGACUAA